AUGAAUUUCAACCAAAACUUCAAUCAAAACUUCAACCAAAACACCAACAACGUCAAUAUCAACAAUAUCAAUGGUGCAAACCCCAACAGAUACAUCAACACUAUCAACACCUUCAACCCACAGACACAGUUUUUCUUCAAAUCUCCCUCUGUCUCAAACUCCUCAAACUCAAUCCAACCCACCUCUGCUCUUUCAUCCUCAACCUCCUUCGACACAAGAGGUAAUUUUGUUCAAAUAGGUAUCAAUGCUCAGAACCCUCACCCUAUCAACAACAAUAUCACCAACAAUAUCAACAUAAAUCACUCCAGUAUUCCCAAUAUUCCCAAUAUUCCCAAUAUUCCCAAUAUUCCCAAUAUUCCCAAUAUUCCCAAUAUUCCCAAUGACAUAAACAACAACAACAACAGCAACAACAACAAUACCCAAAACAUUCUCUACAAAAAACCUCGCUCUAACACCAACAAAAUUAACAACUCAAUUCAAAAUCAAAAUCAAUAUUCAUCUCCUGCUUUGCUCUCCUCAAACAAAAACCACAUCAAUAACACAAAUCCCACCCUUCAAAACCCCAUUUUCAAAAACUUUCAUUCUCAUAAAUCAAAAAGCUGUGACCAAUGCAAACAAAAAAAAAUUAAAUGCGAUAAAAAUUUGCCUGAAUGUCAUAAUUGCAAAAAUUACAAAAAAACAUUUCUUCUAGAAUCCCAAAAAGAAUAUUCCUUACUUCAAAAUCCCUCCUAUUCUUCUUCUCUAUUAUCUUUUCCUUCUCCUUCUUCUCCUUCAACUCACCCAGAUUUCUCAUCUUAUCACAAAAGGCGAAAAAUAGAAAUCAACUCCCAAGACCUUUCCCCCUCCUUCUCUUCUUCUCGUAACAAUCCUUCCUCCAGAAAAAUUUACUCUCCUUGUUCUUAUUUAACCUCGAAUAAACCUCAAUUGAACAAAAUCACCAAUAAACCUUAUAUAUCCGAUAAUAUCGAAUUAACCCAAAAUAAAUACUCUUAUUUGCCGAAAAAUCCUCCAAUUAAUGACAAUUAUAACUACAUCAACCCAAUAAAUGACACCAACUCCAUAAAUUCAAUAAAUUCCUCAAAUUCUAUCAACCUGGACAAAGACUUUGACAUGAUCGAUACCAACAUUGACGAUUCCACCAUCAUGAGUAACAUUCAAGAACAAAUCAUCGGAUUUCAAAAUGAAAAUGCUCAAAACAUUCCUAUCAAUAUACCCACAAAUACAAAAAACAUCCCUAAAUCAAAUAAAGACGACUAUUCUGAUGCUCAAUCCUUCUUUAAUGUUAUAGAAAAUAUACAAAAUGCACCAGAAAUUGACUUUGAUGCAUUUCUGAAUUCUUUUCUUAGUCAAAACACCAAUAACAAUCCCAACUACAAUACAAUAAACACAAAUAAUCGAAGCGCCAAUACUCAAAAAUUCAUCAAUGAAAAUUCAAUUCCUACGAAUAUAAAUCAACCAAUGCUUCACAACAAUUCCUCUCAAAUUAAGCAGUCUUUUACAAAUAAAACUACCAUGCUGCCUUCUAGCUCAUCUUUACAAAGACAAGACCAAUACGUUUUUUCUUCUUUAACUAAUUCCAUCCACCCAAAGAGCCUCCAUCCCAUCCCUAAUGAACAAAAUCUUAAUAAAAACAAUAUUACUCAUAGCAAUAAUCAAAUAGAUAAUGAAAACCCAAUCAUUAAUGAAAACAUAACAAAUAAUAUCAAUUCCAGGGCAACCAGACCUUACAAUAUCAAAAAUAAAAAAAAUCCCUUGAAAAAGGCUAAAGUGAAAAUUUCAGGCACGCCUAUUCAGUAUUCUCAAACUACUAAAACCUCUUUCAAAGUCAUCCAGCAUAACAACCAUAAAAACUAUCCAAAUACAACAAUGAUGCUCAAGGGAAUAAUUGCAGAUCCUGUGAAACCCAAAAAAUUUACAGAUAUUGAUUGUUUAAAAAUCAUGUACUGUUAUUUUAAAGAAGACUUUUUUUUCAAUUCUAUUGAAAGUUAUUCUGAUACCGAUUCAGGUCUCUUUGAGGUUGUCAUUUCUUUAGCUUCCGAAUUUUUACUUUCUCGAAUUAAAAAUAAAGAAACAACUUUAGAGUUGAUAAUAAAUUCUUUAACAGGCGAAAGAGGCAUUUCACCAACUAAUCGAAAUGUUCGAAAAUUAGAAAAAAUUCAAAACAAUUUAUCGGAUUCUGUCUUUGUUGUUUCAAAUUUUUGUAAUAAAUAUUUGAAUUCAACAAUUGACUCCUCUUUUGAAUUAUUGAAAAACGAUAAAGCUACUCAAAGUUAUUUGCGCAAAUUAAUUGCAAUCUCUCAUUCAAUCAACUACAAAGUUAUUUGUAAUUCAAGUUUAACAGGGAAUCUAACUGAUUUACAUUCAACUGCUUUGAAUUUUGAUAAUGUUAAAGAUUUUUUUGAAGCGUUGAGUAUAAAACAUCGAUAUAGUUUCACUUAUUCAACAGGAUUAAUUAGUAUAUUGAUUCGAUAUAAACAAUAUGAUAAAAGAGAUAAAAAUACACUAAAUUUGCCAAAAUUUUCCGACCGAUUAAAAAAUAUGCUUCAUUUUGAAAAACUUAAUGGAAGUUUUGACAAAUAUAUACCGAAUAUAUUUUCAACAUUAAGAGCAUAUCCAAACGUUAUGUUUGACGUUUUUAAUUCUGCUUUUAUUACAUUUAGUAAAAGUAUUUACAUUCCAACAUACAAUUUUUCAAUAUUAAAAGAAAUCACAUUGGAGAUACUAGAAUUUAAAAAUUUUGUUGGAUUUUUAAAAGAUUUGAAAAAAAAAUUACAAUUUUCAAUGUUAAUCGAUGAACUAAUUCGAUUUCUUUAUUUUGUUUAUGAAUGCUGUUUAAUUAAGAAAAAAGGGUAUGUUAUUGAAUUGCCAACAGUUGUUUAUUAUACUAUUUUGAAUAAAUGGUUUCAAAUAUUUCCAAGUGAAUCGUUAAGUGUUUUUCCACCAUCAAACAAAAUAAGUGAUAUUAUUGAGAUGCUAUUUUAUGCUUAUUGGCCAGCACUUUGUAAUGUGUUAGAUUCUAUAUUUCCUGAAACCAGGUAUUUAUAUUUGUCUCCAUUUUAUUCACCCGCUACAACAUUUAUUGAUCAUAAAAAAAUUGUUGGGCAAUUUAAAGGAUUUUUAAAAUUUUUCACAACGAUUGAAGAAUACACAAAUCCAACGUAUGAUAGUAUAGCAAGGAUUAAUAAUGAUUUAGAAUUUACAAUUCCACAAAUUAAUAAUUUUCGAUUACAUUUAAUUUAUUGUUUAAGGAUUUUAUCGUUUUUCCAAGCCAGAAAUAAGUUAUCAGCGUGUCAAAUUGACCUCAUUGAUCCAUUUUUAGGCGACUUGAAUAUUAAGAAGAAGAUUAUUAACAAAGAAGUUCAGACGAUUGAAGAUUUGAAUAAAUGUUUGGGAGAUGAAAGAAGAUAUUUAUCAAGAAAGAUAACCGAUGAAUUAACCGAGCAUCAGAUGUGUGAAUUUCGAAAUAAUGGGAUAUCAUCUAAGUGCUAUUUACAUUUUAUCGAGGCAGAUAAGAAAGAGGAAAUGGUUCAAAAAGUGGCCAGGGAAAAGGGGAUUCGAAUGACAAGAUUUGCGUUGGAUGAGUUUCAAGAUGCCAAUAUUUAUAAUAAAAGAUUGUUGAAGGAUUUUUUAAGGAGGAUGUAUGGAAGAAAUCGAUUAAGAUCGAUAGAAACGUUUGAUGAUUAUUUGGCAGCAACGGAUUAUACUAUAACAGAAGAUGGAAUUGUGCCAUUUGCUGAUUUUUUCCCAUCUAUUGUACAUGAAUGCAAUGAUAAUUAUUUGUACGACAAUCAAGGCGAGUUGUUACAAAAGAUGUUGGAAAAUCAUUAUAUUGAUAAGAUUGCUAUAUUUAAAUUUUCUGAGGAAAUGUUUAAAGAAUCUAAUAUCAAAUCGAAUAUUAAUUUUGAAAGAUUGAACAAGAUAAUAUUGCUGGAAAACAAAAAGAAAAUUAAAAAAAACAAAGAAAAAAAAGGAAAUGAUAGCGACAGAGAUUCGAAUAGUGAAGAUGAGUGGUCUAGUAAUAAAAUCAAUAAUAUUAUAUUAAAUAAUAAAAAUAACAAUGACGGUAAUUUUAAUAGUAGUAUUAACGGAAAGAGUAACUAUGAUAACAAUGGCAACAAAAACAGCAAAAACGGAAAGAAUAAGAAAAAUAAAAAAGGGAAAAAAUACGAAAAAGAAAACAAUAAUACGCCAGUUGUUAAUUUUCGACAAUUUGUUAGAAGUUAUUAUAAUCGAUACAAGUCUAGUACCUUUUAUGAAACAUCGGAUGUGUAUUUUCCGGAUUUGAUGGCAUUACCAGAAGAUGAUGAAGAUGAAGAUGAAGAAGAAGAAGAAAGGAGAAGAGAAGAAAAAGAAAAUAGGAAUGAUAAGUAUGAAAGUGCUUAUGAGACUGGGAAAUCCAGCCAGAAUGGAAUUGAAGAAAGUUGCAGUAACUUUUCCAAACGAUUCUUUGGUCGCAGUAAAGAAAGUGAUCAAAACACCAGCAAGUUUAGAAAGGAAAUUGCUAAAAAGUUCAAAAAAAUUGAAGAGGAUGUUGUGGAUGAUCUCAACUGUAACUUCAACUUGAAUAAUAUCGACGACGAGUUGAAUAAACUUCAAUUUGUUGACUAUGAGAUCAUCAAUUGGGUACAAAGGACUCAGGAGUCGAUAAUUGCAAAAGAGCUCAUCAGGAACAGUUCUUCAAAAGAAUAA